ACAUGGAAUACGAGGAAGAAAAGUUAACAGAAGGUCUUGUACUGGCUCGAACUCGAGCUGUAGAUCUAGAUGGUGUCAAAAAGUUAAACUUCUGGGGAUCAGAAAUCAGUGAUAUUAGUGUUGUGAGAAGUAUGCCAAACCUAGAAGUGUGCAGUGUAAGUGUAAACAGCAUAACAACGCUAGCUGAUUUUGCAAGAUGUAAACAACUUACUGAGCUGUACAUAAGGAAAAACAAAAUAGAGAACUUAGCGGAGAUAUAUUACCUAAAAAAUUUACCUCGUCUGCGUAAUCUGUGGCUAGCUGACAACCCUUGUGCUGACAGGAAAAAUUACCGACAAACGGUUCUACGCACCCUCCCCAGUCUACAGAAACUGGAUAAUGUGGUUGUAACAGAAGAGGAAAGAAAAGAGGCAGAAGAAAAUGGAGAAAUAUUAACUCCUCCUGAAGAUUAUGAAGAAGAGCUGAAUGAAGACGAUCAGAACCUACCAGAAAAUGGCGAGCAGGAAACAGUUAAAAGUGAAAAGAAUGAUGAAUCUCCCAAGGAAGAGAACUCUCCACAAACAGACAAACAGACAGAAACCAACUCAGAAAUCAAAACCCCAGAACACAAACCAAAGAUGCCACCAGUAAAACCCAAGCAGUCCCUGCUGGAUCCUGUCACGUUAACCUGGGAAGAAACAAACAAAAUUAGAGAGGAGUUGGGCUUAAAACCCUUGCCAUUUGAGAAAAUCACAACACCAAAACCUGUACAGAAAUCCAAUGAAAAAUCAAGGAAUGCUCAUGUUUUACAAGCGGUGCUGAUUUUAAUACGAGAGCUAGACAGAGAGAGUUUAGAGAUUGUGAACAGUGCUACACAGAAAAUGUUACACUCAGAUAUAUAAUGCUGUAUACAUUAGUGAGGUUUUAAAACAUGUUAUUUUUCACAAAACCAUUUCUCUUAAGUUUUAAGUAAGUAAAGCAUUUAUAGUAAAAAUAUUCCAAUUUAUAAAAGGGAGGGCGUCUUAGAAAGACAAUUAAUGUAUAAAACUAGGCAGUGCACCAAUGGAAUGAAUGUUGAAUGUCUAAGAGUGGAGAAGACCUCAUUUUAUUACUAAGUUUAUUACCUCUUGUGAUUUAUAGGUCACUUCAAUUCUCAUUGUAUGUCUUUGCAGUGCUUGAAUUUAUGUUAAUUUACCCCAAGAUAUUUUAUAGGUAAAAUAGGAAUAAUCAUUAAAACUAAAAUCCAUUCAGUAAAUAUGUUUUAGGUGUUUACAUGAGUUGCCAUAAAAAGUUUUUUUUUUAAUUUUUCAUGUUUAUUGGGAGGGGGUGGGGAUGCAUCAAUGAAGAAUAAUUGUGUGAAUUGCCAGUAGAGAGCUUUUUUGAGCUCAUGUUGAUUUUUAACUGCCAUAUUGACUUUAAAUAUUAUAUGUAUUCUAGUAAUAUCAUUUUAUGAAUUGAUUUAUGAAGUUCAUUUAUUUGCAAUACUACCUUAUUCUCUCAAAAUUUUGUUUUUCUUGAUUUAAAUUUUUAUCUAGAUGAUACUUUCAUGUUUGUUAAUUGGACCCACCAAUAUUCUUAUUGUUUUUCUUGAUUGAAGAUCUUAUAUGUCACAGAAAAGUGAUGUUGUGUGCUCAAUUUUUUGAAGUAUUAAUGUCUUAUGUAGUGUAAAUAUUGUUUAUUGAAAUAUUUUAUUCAUAGAAUUGAUUCAGCAAUACUGAGCAUUUAAUAUACGUACGUAUACGUACUAUGUAUGUACAUUUAUAUGUGUGGAUCUAAAUCCAGUAUGUAUUUAUGUAACCUUCAGUUCCGUCCAUGUGUUGAUUUCUUUUUUCAUUAUACAUGUAAUAAUAUCAGUGAUAUAUAUAUAAUGCAUCUUGUUUUAUCAAAUAAUAAACUUUGAUCAACAAAUCUGAUUUUCUGGAAUGAGAUUAAUGUCCCAAUAGAUUGAAAACACACUUAAAAACAAGACUGCAUGGUCAUGAUGGAAAAAUUUGUGUUUCAAUAUGAAGAAUUUUUACUCAGAUGCAAAGUUGUUGCUUCAGAAAGAUUUUAAAUUACCCAUUAAAACCAUUAUGAACAUUUUUUAUCACCACAGACUG